GAGCUUUUUGCGAGCGUUAUUUUUCGAUAUAAUAACUCGAGACUCUUUUGGCUUUCGGUGUCUCUCUCUCCUUAUUCCGCGUUACGAUGAUAGCUUUCGUCGUGUUUAACGAAAAGUAUCGAUCGGGUUACGGAUAUCUCGUUGGGAAUCGGGCAGAAUCCGCUUUGAUAAAAUCGCGCUCCGCGACGCGGCGACACGGAUCUCUUCAAGUAUUAAGCCGAACGCGAUAACGGUAUGCCCGCCAUUAGACGCUGAGUUUUCAAAUGAGUACGUACGCGUGGUACAUUUUAACGUAAUCUUUACACGCGGUGCGCGACAUUGGUGUACAUACGUCUGUUUAAUUUUGAAAUUGCACGCAAUUCGUCUGGAAUUUCGAGCGACGGUACGACACGGAACACGACGGAGCACGAGAAGAAGCAAGUUAUCACGCUUCUGUGAAGAAACCGAUUUAAAAGUCGAGAGCAUUCAGAAACUUAACGCAUACAAACUUCCACUGAAUCGAAUGUUGUUACAAAAUUAGGAGUAUCCUUCACUCGAAAAGCGUGCAAAAGGUGCCUUCGCGAAUUGUGCCGUGGUCACACUUUAUUUUCCGAAGAAAUUUCCGAGCCUGACAAUGAUAGAGUCUUCGUGAUCGACAAUGUUCGAAUUGAUAAAAGACUGUUAGAGCAAUCGUCCAUUGCAGACAAAGUUAUCCAUCGCGCACCAAUUGCGAGAGUCGAUUAAGGCAUACUUUCCUCGUAAAAGUGCUAAUAGAAACAAUCAAGAAGCUCAUCGUAAACGUGAAAACGUACUGUGGAAGAUACUCUGGAAGAAAUGGCGUACGACGAUGUUAUCCUUCGGAUGGGCGAGUUUGGUCGUUACCAACGCAGAAUCUAUCUUUUACUCUGUCUUCCGGCGAUAUCGUGCGCUUUUCAUAAGCUGGCCGGUGUGUUCCUCGGUGCCAAAAUGGACUCGAGGUGCUUACUGCCGCACGAGUACGCGGAGAAUGCGACAUUCCGCCUGAGCCAAGACGUUUUAAACGCGAGCUACCCGUGGGAUGCCGAACUUGACGGAUGGUCCCAAUGUCUGCGUCGUGAUGUGAUUAUCGGCGGCGUGAACGAUACGAUCGUUGGGGAUGGAACCGGAGGCGGAGGGAUCAACCGUUGCGAGCAAUAUGUGUACGACAGAAGCGUGUACAAGAGUACAACCACUUCCGAGUGGGACUUGGUCUGUGACAAGGCAUGGCUGAGAGCGACGGGGGACGCGUUGUUCAUGGUAGGAGUCAUGCUUGGCUCGAUGAUAUUCGGCGGUUUGUCCGAUAAAUAUGGCCGUAGACCAAUUUUCUUCCUGUCUUUAGUCAUACAGCUGGUCGGCGGUAUACUAGUCGCUGUUGCGCCCGAGUUUAUUUCCUACGUAAUCUUCAGGCUAAUUGUCGGCUCAACCACCAGUGGGGUGUUCUUAGUAGCCUACGUUAUAGCUUUGGAGAUGGUUGGACCGAAGAAGCGAUUAGUAGCCGGAGUUGGCUGCCAAUUGUUUUUCACUACUGGAUACAUACUUACUGCUGGUUUCGCGUAUUUCAUCACCGACUGGAGAAUGCUGCAAAUAGCCAUCACGAUGCCGAGCGUCGCGUUUCUACUUUACUGGUGGUUUAUCCCCGAGUCCGCCCGGUGGCUCCUGACGAAAGGUCGCCACCAGGAAGCGAAAGAUUUGCUGCAACGUGCUUCUCUGGAGAAUGGCGUGGAGAUGCCCAGUGAAGCGCUGGACACGCUUCUCAAUAACAACAGCGGGGAUAGCACUCCCGACUCGAGGAAACCCUCGCUCUUCGAUCUCUUCCGUUAUCCAAAUCUGAGGCGGAAGAGUAUUCUCUUGUUCUUCAAUUGGCUCGUCAAUAGCGGCACGUAUUACGGAUUGUCUUGGCAUGCGUCCAAUCUCGGCGGCAACGAUUAUGUUAAUUUCGUAAUAUCCGGCGUAGUGGAAGUGCCAGCGUACACGUUCCUAAUCUUCACUCUGAACCGAUGGGGCAGGAAAAUCAUUCUUUGCGGCUGCAUGAUGCUGUCCGGAUUAGCGUUGCUCGCCACGUUAUUUGUCCCAACUGAUAUGCCGUGGUUAAUCGUCUGCUUGGCAAUGAUAGGAAAACUUGCCAUCACAUCCUCGUACGGUGCAAUUUAUGUGUUCACUGCUGAGCAAUUUCCAACUGUCAUUCGGAAUGUCGGCCUGGGCGCGAGCUCUACCUUUGCUCGAAUCGGAGGAGUCAUCGCACCAUAUGUCAAUCAUCUGUCGGAAAUAUGGAUGCCAUUGCCACUUGUCAUUUUCGGAUUCUGCGCGUUGUUAGGCGGAUUAAUGUCCCUCCUUCUCCCAGAAACAUUGAACAAGAAACUUCCUGAAUCGAUUCAAGACGGCGAGCUCUUUGGAAAGAAACCAAAGAAGAAGAAGAAGAAACAACAAUUGGAUGCCGAUCAACUGAACGAGAUAGAAAUAAUAAAACCAUUGAAGCCGCAGGAGAACGGCGUAUACGAGAAACAGAAUGGAUGACAUUAAUUUACGAAGAUCAGUGUCGGUAUUACACUCAAAGUAUAUAUUUGAUUCCCGUUUGAUCGUAUUUUAAAUGCCUGCCACGUGCGGCACAGACGCCUGCUACGGGGAAUCGAAUUAGAUGCAAUGCUCAUCGGAUUUCGUCCGAACUUUUAAUAUCUGACCAAUUUUUAUUUGCGUAUAUGCAUUAGGAACAAACGAUCCUUUGUAUCCUAGUUGUGAUGAAUUGGAUGCCAAAAUAUACAGAAAUAUCAAAGUUUCAUUUCAAUCGUAAAAGAAAUGUAUACAUUCUCAAAGUUCUCAAAUACUUUGAAAGCAGAUACAAUUGUAGCAUUUACUGUUUACGUUGUCAAUGUUAUCGACAACUAGCUUAUAGGACGUAUAAGGAUUUUCUGCCAACGAACAUAUCACCGUUUAAGCCAUCGAGUAUGUCUCAUAAGGACUAUGAAUUAUAAAUUAAAUAUUGCAGUUUAUCAAUAUAAAAAACUUUUGCUAGCA